GGAGUCUGCGCAGUAGAGCCGGAUCAGAGCAAGAACGACCUGUCGUCUCACGCAGACCCAGAGAAAUGCAGAUUUUUCCCCUCAAAUUUAACUUUUCCUGCGGGUAACGUGUUCGGUCUCUGACUGCUUACAACAGAACCUGUGUCUGUAGCGACCUCUGCUUUCCCGGUAGCCUGACGGAUACAUUUGCCCAUUGAUCCGUUGCCUGUUCGACAGUACUUCCUCGUAGAAGAGAGGCAAACACAAAAAAAAAAAAAAAAGACCAAUGGCUGGCUCUGUGGCAUCAGUAGACCAGAAGUUCUGCUUACAGGAGGUGCUCGACACUUUCAAGCUGUGCCUGUCGGAAAAUAAAGAGGUCUACCUGCAACACUACGUCGCCGGGUGGCGUGGGCUUGUAAAGUUUCUGAACAGCUUGGGGAGCGUCUUUGGCUUCAUUUCUAAGGAUGCGGUCAACAAGAUCCAGAUCCUGGUCAACCACCUGAACGGCGAGAACGGGUCUCAGUACGUCACCGUCCAGUCCAUGGCAAAAUACGAGCUGGAGAAUGGACUCGUGGACCUGACGAAGAGAGGCGGCCAUCCAGAGUCGGGCUGCCGCACUCUGCUCCGGCUCCACCGGGCGCUGCGGUGGCUGGAGCUUUUCCUGGAGCGCCUCCGCACCAGCACAGAGGACGGCAAGACAUCUGUCAUGUGCGCAGAGUCCUACAACGAGUCCCUCGCCCAGCACCACCCUUGGGUGAUCCGUAAGGCCGCGGGCGUGGCGUUCUGCGUGCUGCCCGGGCGCCAUGCCUUCUUUGAAGUGAUGAACGUAGGCAGCCCGGAGCAGGUCGUGGCCAUGCUGGGGGAGGCCCUACCUCUGAUCUCUGAGGUGUACCAGAUCACAGAGGAACUUUACGCCCAACAUAACCUGCUCGACUUACCGUAGAGAGCAGCAGGGGCUAUUAUUUCCCUCCUCAUACAUUACACGAUUGAAUGUCCACGCGUCCCUGCCGACGGGCUGUUGAGCUAGCUGCUACUCCUGUAAUAGUGCAUGUUUGUCUUUCCUCUGUAUAAUGUGCUUGUGAAUGAUUUUUAAUUCAGCUUUUGCUUGUAGAUUCAUUUGUUUUUUUUAAUUAAAAAAAACAAGAUGAAGGGAGCUCUACAGUGGGAAUCAGACAUCUGAAACAAGGACUAAAGUGAUACUUAUUAUUUGGGUAGAAGUGUUUCUUUCAAGCAGACACACCAGGUUUCUGUUUUCAAGGUUCCCAUGUGUAAGAAAUUUGCCGCUUUUCUUGGCCUUACAUCCUAGUGAAUUGGGUUAAUUUUGAGUUCGGGUUUUUGACCGAUUCGAUAAUCAGCCAAUUGAUCGAUCAUGAAAAUAACUGUUAGCUGCAGCCCCAUUUAGAUCUAAUACCGAUCAGGAUUUGUAUGUGUCAGGCAACCUGUCAGAGCUCGAAUGACAUAAUGGGAUAAUAGGGCCAUUAAUUCAAGUUUCCUGGAGCUCUUAUUCCACAUUUAAUUAAAAUAUUAACAAAUUUAUGCUCCUGUUACAGAGUGGGAAUUGCUCUCAUCUAAUACUAGAUGAUAUUGGAUGAUAACAUCAGCUUUUUAUAGUUUACUAUGGUCAUGUAUUUAACGUGCAGAGAAAAGACCACCAGCAAACUACAGCUUCUAAAAGAAGAGGGGCAGUUUCCAGACCAAUUCUCCACUGACCAAAAAAUCUUAAAUGUGCCAUUCCAAGAUUGUUUAAAUAGAAACUAAAGAUGCUCUAACAUUAUGAAACAGAGGUGCUGUCACUGUAAGUGCGCCCUUUAAUUUCUACAAAACACAUGGGAUCAUUCCAGUGUGGUAAUCGUACUAGCUACUUAGAGGAAAAAUCUGUAAACUUGUUUCAGAAACAUUAUUUAUAGCUAAUGUACAGGGUUAAAUGAUUGUUCUUUUGAAGUAAAUGGUGAAUUGUUUUAUAAUAAGAAUGUACUGUAUAUUAUGUAUAUUACUUUCAUUCACACAGAACUCAACAGUGUAGCUGUAGAUGGUUGUGAAUUUGUGUGAUGUUAGAUUUUUUUUUUUUUUUAUUGAUUAUUGAUCUGCACAUUUUUGUCCGACUGCCUUUUACCUGAGGGGAGUUUUGUCACCUGUGGUCUGAAGUAAAUAAAGAGACAAGUUAACUUUGAA